AUGGUCGCAUACAGCCAACAUUUUGAUGGUCGUGCUUGUUCUGUGUUUGAAUGCUCGCUCGUCACUAAUUUUUCUUUAAAAGUUUAAACUAAAUCAGUCACCAUUCCGCGUUUAAAAGAGGGAAGAAUUGUCUGCUGCGACCCUGCGGUGAAGGGCGGCCAUACUGCAAAGAUCUACUCCAACUGCCCAGAAGCUGACUUCUUGAAGAAGGAAAAGUUCGAAUUCACCUUCAACGUGGAUUCCGACCCAAGCUAGCGUUUGCUAAGGGUGUAUUUUUGAUAACAGUCGUCAUCUUUCCUGUGUAAUUAUUCAAAAUGAAGGGUUCUAUUGGAGAAGAUGUCAUACUUGACAUAUUGGAGGAUGAUUUGUCCUGUGUGGAUGUUAUUGAACAAAAACUUUGUGCUCUGGGGAGAGAGGACCCUGAUGAUGCUUUCUACAUUGUAGACCUGGCUGAUGUUCUUCUCAAACACAAGAAGUGGGUUUCUCUGCUCCCUCGAGUAGAACCUUUUUAUGCAAUGAAAUGUAACUUUGAUCCUGUAAUCCUAAAGAUGUUAGCAGGAUUGGGAAUUGGUUUUGAUUGUGCAAGCAAGAGUGAAAUGCAAACUAUGUUGGGGAUGGGUGUACCCCCCUCUAAGAUUGUAUACGCCAAUCCUUGCAAGCAGGCUUCUCAUAUCAGAUUCUCUGAGAAGCAUGGUAUUUCUUUGAUGACUUUUGACAAUGAAAUGGAACUACACAAGAUCAAAGAGUUGUACCCUGCUGCAAGAUUACUUUUGCGCAUCAGGACUGAUGACUCCAAGUCCCUCUGCCAGCUUGGAAUCAAGUAUGGUGCUCCUUUGAAUCAAUGUCGUCAUCUCCUUUCUGUUGCCCAUGUACUGAAUUUGAAGGUAAUUGGAGUAAGUUUUCAUGUUGGCAGUGGAUGCUAUGAUGCAAGUGCAUAUGCAACAGCUAUAUCAGCUGCCCGCUGCGUGUUUAACGUUGCUGGUGAAAUGGGAUUUAAAUUUUCAAUGCUUGACAUUGGUGGUGGUUUCCCUGGAGCACCUGAUGCAACCAUUACAUUUGAAGAGAUUUGUUCUAUUCUGAAUCCACUGCUGGAGGAACAUUUCCCAGUAAGCUCAGGUGUCCGCAUCAUAGCAGAACCAGGCCGUUUCUAUUCAGCAUCAGCCUUUACUCUUGUGCUCAAUGUUGUUGCUUGCCGCUCUGUGAAGGCCAGUCAGUUCAGGGGAAAUGACCUGACUAUUGGUAGUGCUGAGUACAAGGACUCUGAUGAGCUAGGUUUUAUGUAUUAUGUCAAUGAUGGUGUGUAUGGUUCCUUUAAAUGCCUGGUCUUUGAUCAUGCAACUGUGCACCCUGAAGUUUAUGGUGCUGACCAGACUGCUCCAAAAUUUCCAUCAAGCAUUUGGGGCCCCACUUGUGAUUCUUUGGACUGUAUCACUAAGAGUGCACUCUUGCCAAAGAUUGAAGUUGGGCAGUGGCUGUAUUUUAGAAACAUGGGAGCCUACACUUGCUCAGCAGCCUCUACCUUUAAUGGAUUCAACAAACCUAUGAAGUACUACACUAUUUCCAACAGCUUCUGGCCUAUGCUGAAAAAGGUCUUGGAGAAGAUUGGCUUGAAGGUGCACUGGCCUUGUCACAUUUCUGCAGAUCACAAAACGGCCAUUGGUAAUGGCCCUGAAUCUUUGGAAAUAAUUACCUCUGCUCCAUGACUUGUGAGGGAGAGAGAGAGAGAGGAAAGCCAGCUCUGUUUACUCUAUUCCUUAGUUAACUGCGAACCAAACAUAAAGAUUGGAAAGGGUUGAUAAUAUAUUAAGCACAAUACAAAUGAUAUACCAGAUUUAAGGUUUUGAAAACAAAUACCUAUAUUUAAAACCUAUAGACUGCUUCAGAGCUGAAGUGUAUUACAAGUAGUUUAAAGUUAUUCCAGUGGCUAAUUAAUGAUAAAAUGUAAUUAAGAUAACUGUGAUUCCACCUAUUUGAUGGAUUUGUGGCUCUACCUUGUUAUAUUUAUGCUCUGGCCUCUAGUAGGAGUCUUUUGGCAAUGCACCAAAGAAAAGGUUACAUUUAUGAGUUACAGUAGACAAUUUGUGUGAAAAAAGAUUUUAUUAAGUCAUAAUUGUGGAUUUUUUGGAUGUGGCUUUCCCUCAAACGAGUCAUGUUAACUGAUGAACUAUUGUGCCACAUAGUGGUUUAAAUUGUUGUUGUUGUUGUUGUUGUUGUUGAUCUCUCCACGAGAGUUAAUGGGCAUAAAAGAUGUAAUAAUUCUACAAAUGCACAUUUAUACAACCUUGAAAGAGAAGUAAUAAAUCUGUAGUUACGUGGUUUA